AUGCCUGUGAAAUCGCCUUGGCCAACGGUACCAAGCCAAACGACUGCCACAGUCGAUGCAGCAUCCGAGCAGAAACUGUUUGAAGCAAAGCAUCCGAGCAAGAAUCCUGAUGCAUCCGAGGCGGGGUUAGGAAGUGCAUCCCACACACCUGGUCCAGUGGAUGCACACAGACCAGACGUAACCAUCGAUGCAACCAAGGGUGCAGAGCCUGUGAACAAUGCCCCGUCUUUGGAGCCAAAGGCCCAAAAGAAGCUUGCAUCCGAGACAGGGGUAGGAACAACAUCCGUAGCAUCCGAAGCAACCGUCCAAGGGUUUGUACAUAGUUCCGAUGCAUCCGACUGUACAGAUCAUGUGAACCGUGCCCCACCUGUGGAGCCAAAGGCCCGAAGUCAAAAAGCAUUCGAGGCAGGGGUAGGUAAAACACCAGAAGCAUCCGCAGCAGCCGACCAAGGGUUUAAGCAUAGAUCGUAUGCAGUCGAUUGUACAGAACAGAUGCACAGUGCACCAACUGUGGAACCAAAGGCCCACAUUCUGCAAGCAUCCGAGGCAGGGGUAGGAAAAGCACACGAAGCAUCCGCGGUCUACGACCCGGGGCUUGUACAUAGUUCCGAUGCAUCCGACUGUACAGAUCAUGUGAACCGUGCCCCACCUUUGGAGCCAAAGGCCCAAAGUCAAAAAGCAUUCGAGGCAGGGGUAGGUAAAACACCAGAAGCAUCCGAAGCAGCCGACCAAGGGUUUAAGCAUAGAUCGUAUGCAGUCGAUUGUACAGAAAAGAAGCACAGUGCACCAACUGUGGAACCAAAGGCCCACAUUCUGCAAGCAUCCGAGGCAGGGGUAGGAAAAGCACACGAAGCAUCCGCGGUCUACGACCCGGGGCUUGUACAUAGUUCCGAUGCAUCCGACUGUACAGAUCAUGUGAACCGUGCCCCACCUUUGGAGCCAAAGGCCCAAAGUCAAAAAGCAUUCGAGGCAGGGGUUGGUAAAACACCAGAAGCAUCCGAAGCAGCCGACCAAGGGUUUAAGCAUAGAUCGUAUGCAGUCGAUUGUACAGAACAGAAGCACAGUGCACCAACUGUGGGGCCAAAGGCCCACAAUCUGCAAGCAUCCGAGGCAGGGGUAGGAAAAGCACACGAAGCAUCCGCGGUCUACGACCCGGGGCUUGUACAUUGUUCACAUGCAGUUGACUGUACAGAAAUGGAUGGCCAUGAAUGCAAGAAGGCAGCCAGACCCUCAGUUCAGAAUUUCCGCACGACGAAUGCAAAAGGCGCUGAGGUAACUAGAGUUGCUGUGCCUACCCAAGCAGCCCGAUUUGCCCGAUCAGCCAAUGCAAGUGUCCACAAACCCGAUGUGACAGCAGCCGGAAGCCUACAGACCAAUCCGAGGCAAUCAACUGCCUGGCCAGGGGAAGUUGAAGGGAAUGGAAAGCAGCAAAAGCCCACAAAACCAGGUCUAGGCCCAGUCAUGCCAAGCACACUCAUGCCCCCUCCUCAACACCCCGAUGCAAUGCCCCUUCCACGCUUAGGGUGUGGGGGCCCCUCCCAUGUGAAUGAACCAAGCCAAGGAAAGAGCCAAAGUGUAGAAAGGGAUCCGCCAGACCAUACAAUGAGCCAACUAGGCAUGACCCACAUCCAGAACCUGCAGCAAGCAUGGAGUGGAUCAGACGAUCUCACAGAGGAAGAAACCAGAGCCAAAGCAACCAACAAAAGGCCCCAACAGGCCAUGCAAGGACUUCAAGUCAAAGCCCAAAAGGAAGACAAAGCAGAGCCAUACCAGCACCCGCCCGCCCCACCUCAUGCCAAGCCCCUUCCACGCUUAGGGUGUGGGGGCCCCUCCCAAGAUGACAGAAUAAGUGGAGGACAAAGGGCUGAGAGCGUUGCAGAGACCAAAGGGAAACAACCCAUUGACCAACUGAAGAUUCAGACAGCCAAGAUUGACCAACAAGCAGCUCAAGCACUUGAUCCGACCAGCCAACGACCAGCAGAACAACCCAUUGCAGACCAAAUGAACUCAGGAAAUGUAAACAAAACAGAAAAGCCUAUCGCACCCACCCGUGACCCCUGUGCCAAGCCCCUUCCACGCUUAGGGUGUGGGGGCCCCACCCAAUUGGAUGACAGCAGCGACAUAGAGGAGAAUCCCGAAAAAUUGCAGCCACUUGCAGCCUGGAACUCCAUCACAGGCGGUUUGAAUGCAUUUGCCAAUGUCCGGAACCCAAACCAAGCAGGCAGCCAACAAAGCCAAGUAGAUCCAUGGGCGGGGAAAACACUUCCUGUGAAAAGAAAGAAGGAAGAAGAAGAGACCAGCAAGAAAAAGAUCAGCACAGAAAAGCAACCGACGAUAGCUGUCGGUACAGACAUUUAUGAUACCCCAUCACAAAGAGAACUGGAUGCAGCUAUCAUCCGCCAGCUCGACCAAGAGGAAGGUCAGGAUCGUGGACCACAAGAAGAUGAAAAUGUCAAAGCCAAGAAGCCAAAGGUGUCCCGAUCCAUCAGCCAAGAUGGGACAAAUCAACAUGAUGAAAGCCAGGGCAAAGGCCAAGUUGUUCAUGUAGCCGUGUCUGGCGAGAGCAUUUUCACCCAUGCGGUAGGAGAGAAAUGUACAGCAGCAAACCUUGCCACAGCCGUGGCAAAGAUGCACAUGCUCCAGCCACCAAUCCGAGUGAGCACAGCAAUGGGUACUCAAAUCAGCCAGAAUGAAGUACUCAAGCAAGGCCAUUUCCUGCUCCUUGAAAGCAAUGGUGAUGUUAAAGCCUCCAAAUGCCCACAAACCACGGCAGUGUCACAGAGCCCAGGUACAUCGUUGAUUGGACUGACCAGAGAACAAGCACUUUGGAAGCAAAAAGGGUGGGUAGCCGAUGAUGAAAUGGACUACUACAUGUACAUGCUAGAAAGUUACCACCCAGGAUCCACAUAUGGGGUAGUCCACCUCCCUGACAAUCCGGACAGGGAUGCCAUGCUAGUCAAGUGGAUCCUAGCAGCAAUGACCCAAGCCCAUCAAGACAUCAAUAGCCAAGUCAAAGUCUUGGUCUUUCUUCACAAAGAACAUUGGAUUCCUUGCUUUGUUGAAGCCGAUGGUGAUGUCCCAAGAGUUCAUGUCCCUUGCAUUGAAUACGACUGGAUCAUCCAUGCCUUCCAAGAGGUAGUUGCAGGCCAUGCCAUCAGCUUUACGUCCAGCCCAAUGCCACAUGCAUUCGAAGCCGAUUGUGGAUUCCAAGCAGUAGGAUGGAUGUUAGCAAAACUCAUUGAAGACGAAACCACGCAGCCGUUCACAGUGAGACAGGCAUGCCAAUGGAGAAGUCUGUUCCACCAGAACCUGCAGUACACAGGUAAAUCAACAGAAACAAUCAGCACCCCAAUAAGGUUGGGAGGUGGAAUCCAGGUGCGAGAGCAACUGCAACAGCUUGUCGUCUCUCAUGGAGUGCAUCCACAAAGAGGCCUGGAAUGUGCAGAUCAACUCAUCCAAGCACUGGGAGCGAAGGUGAUCCAGCAGAUCCUCCAAUCACCAAAGCCGUGGAUGGACCUCAAAUCAAGAGCCAAUCUGCACCAGCCACCAAUCAGGGUAGUCCUAGCCGAUGAAUUGAAGCAAGUCAUCCAAAUGAGGAGCAAAGAAAACAAACCAGUGGGAAACAAACAAAACAAGACCAAAGGAGGGAAACAGCAAAAAGCACCAAUGCAGCUUACAGCUGAUCAGCUCUGCAUCCCACCAGCGGUUUUCCGACAAGAAGAUGGGCAAGAGGUGGGACAGAUUCAUGCACAUCAACUUGGUUCUGGGUGCAAAGGGGUAGUUUUAGUCAACAUUGCUGAGGCCAUCCCUUACUUUGGCCUAUCCAAGCCUGUUAGCCAGUUUGGUGUCGCGCUGUUGAUCUUGGACCAUCACGAUCCAAGGCUGCCGAGUAACUGUCCUAUCACCAAAGUCCCAGCGAAGUGUGUAGCCACAGGUGAGCCUUUGAUUGUCAGUGCAGCCGUUCUGCAGAUCGGGCAACAAGAAGUGGUCCGCAACACUCCAAGUCAAUGCCUUGAGGUCCCAGAGGUCAGCAAUAGUGUUGUGCGGGUACAGGUGUACAAAGAUCAGAGCACAGCGGAUUGGGAUGAAUUCAUCCAGAAGCCAGUCAAGCACUUGUUGAGCCUGAAGCCAUUCAGUGAAGUAGCCAGUGGAGACAUCCUAGAUGUUUGGGACCGACAGUACAUGACCAUGCGUUUGACUCGAGUCCCUGUCCAAGAAGCACAGCUUUUCAUGGUCAACAUCCGAGUUGAAGCAACCGCACUGCCCCCCAUCAUGCAAGCCAAUGGCCAAGAAGGUAGGUACUUUGAAGUUCGUACCAGCGAUGGACGUCACCCAGAUGAAGAACACAAGACCAUUUGGCUGCCAGGUAAGACUUUUGCGGAAGCACAGCUGCUCCAAAGAACCUCAACCAUUGCCGCUAGCCUGGUGCGCCAAGGAGACAGGUACGGCUUGCGCACAGACAAAUCCAAAGCUGAAGAACUGCACAAGAUCCACAGACCAGACUUGGUCUACAUUCCAGGUGAAGAGUUGAGACGCUACAAGGUAGGCCCAAUGCCCUUUGGAUCGACAAAGCAAAGCCUGGUCCACAUCUUCCAGAAAUGGAACUGGAGUGCCAGGCCAAUUGGCCCUCAUGCACAGGCGGGGGAUAGGUCAGGAGUAAUGUGGAACGUUCAAGCAGCGACCGAGCCAACACACUGGAUUUUUCAGUUGGCUCAUGGAGACGUCCUGAUAUCUCCUGAUGACAAGCCAACCAGCUCAGACAUGACCAAGCCGACGAUCGUUGCAUCAGCCAAAACCAUGCACAGCCUUCAGGCCAAGCCGAAGGAUCAACCCAAAGAAGAUCCAUGGCUACAUGACGACCCAUGGAGGGGAUCAGUCAACAAAGGUCCUAGGGAGAUGUCCGUAGGUCAGGUUGCCUCAAUCCAAGCCAGCUUGGAAAAGUCUAUCCUGGAGAAGAUCAACCACAACCAAGGGGAAGAUGAGGAAAUGACCGGCAACCAAGAUCAACGCAUAGCAGCCCUGGAACAGAAGUUCGAACAACUGAGCGCGCAAGUCACAGGACAUCAAGUUGAGCAGACUCGCCAUAACCAGCAAGUCCAAGCACAGGUCCAAAACUUGGACCACAAGAUCGACCAGCAGCAACAUGCCUUCCAUGCGGCCCUGGACAGCAAGCUGGAGCAACAGAUGGCUCGAAUAGAGCAGUUGUUCACCAAACGCCCACGCAUGGGCCCAAGUGCAAACGAUGCUUUCACCAUCGGUUGCAUCAAUCCAACCGGCCUUUUAGGUAAGCACCGUGGAGUAGCCUUUUUGAGCACAAGCCCAUGCCGAACCAUGUCGGCCACAUGGCCCAAGUCAGAUUGGGUCACUUGCAAGAACAAGAGCACCAAAGACCACAUCUACGUAAGCCCAGAGCUAGCGAUGUACCUCAAAGACUGUGAAGUCCAGCAUGAUUGGUUUCCCGACCACUCGGUACUCAUUGCCAAAUUCCACUCACUGGGAAAGCCUCCCAAGAUUCCCAUUUGGCGACAGCCCAAGAGCAUCCCAUGGAAAGAAAUAGAUCCAGCAGCAAUUGCCAAGCAGUAUCAGCCACCCGAGAAGCAAGCCAAUCUCACAGAAGCAUAUCGCCUUGUAUGCCACAGUGUAGAAGCAGCAGCAAAAAGAACCUUGCAAGCCAAGCAGCAGCACCUACCUGACUGUAGCCAAGGCAGAGCAGCCACUCUUGAAGUGCGGUGGAGACAGGAGCAUAGCUCACCUCCCAAAGUAGCAAGAGAAGGUGAAUAUCAACCAGAGUACCAUGGUUUGAACCUUCAGCAUGCCAGGUGGAUGCGACAAUAUCGACGAAUGUUGAACUUCGCCAGGAUGGACCCGAAUAAGCCAGGUCAUGCAUAUGUCCAUCGGCAGCAGCUAUGGCAAAGCAUCCAAUCAGCAGCAGGUUUCAGCCCAACUUUUCCACGAUGGUGGGGUGACACGAACCCAGAUCAAACCAUGCCAAAUGAGCCGCCAGGGCCAGAAGAAGCAACUCGACUAUGCAAUAGCUUCCACAAAAGCCUCACAGCCUUUGAAAAAGCCUUGAACCAGCAAAGAACAGCAUCAGCCAAACAGCGUAGAACCGAAGAUCCAAUGCUGAUUUUCCGUGACCUUAAGCAGCCACCACCACAGCCGGUUCAGAUGUUGCUCAACCAACCAGCAGCCACUGUCACCAGAGUGGAAGACGAUAGCUCCAUAGUAGUCCAUCCUGAGCAGCAGUGGGAUCCAGCUGUACCACUGCAAACACCCGAGGGAAUAAAGACCAUCAUCCAUGCAGAGCCCGAUCAAAUAUGGAUAGAUGAUACCGAAAAUCUCCAGCCAGGGAGCAAAAUCUCCCAAGAAAAAUAUGUAGGUGAACUUACUGCCCUCUUUGACCAGUUUGGGCAAGAAUGGACCAAGAGAUGGGAUAGGCACCUGCAAAUUGACCCUUCCAGGUGGGACCCCAUCAUCGCCUUUGCAGAAACCGUCUUGCCAAAACCACCUCCUAUGGAAUACCAUGCCAUAACAGUAGAAGAAUGGGACUGCGCAUUGCGCCACAAGUCCAAGAAAGCAGCCACCGGACCAGACGGUGUGAGCAGGCAAGAUCUUCUAGAAUGGCCGUUGGAAGCCAAGCAAGCCCUUUUGGGCAUUUUCCAUAGCAUCGAGAACGGCCAACCUUGGCCGAAGCAAAUGAUCACAGGGUUUGUAGUAGCCUUAGAGAAAACACCCAAUGCAGCCACGGUGAACCAGUAUAGACCGAUCACGGUCUUCAGCCUGUGUUACAGAGUGUGGAGUUCCAUCAGGGCCAAACAGCCCAUUGCCCUGCUGACAUGUCCAAUCCAAGAGAUCAGAGCCAGAUUAGCAGAUGCCUGGCAAAAUCGCAUCAAGAACAUAGUCCAUCGCCACUGGACUUGCCCAGCUUUUGCAGAUCAGCGCACUGUGAACACGGAACAAGCCAAGGACAUAGCAGACAUGGCCCCCAGCAUAGCAGCCCACGGAUGGAUGCCGGAGCCACCCAAUCUCCCGGCGUUCCAACACUUGCUUUUGAGCCUUCCGGAUGAAACCAAGCAGUUCAUUUGGCCUGCACAAGUGCCAGAUGAAAUAUAUGCCUUCACAGAUGGAGGAUGCUUAGCACCGACCUGCAAAGUGAGCAAGCUAGCAACGUGGGGAGUAGUGAUAGCCAACAGAGACAUGACCACCUUUUGGCCUGACCUAGCAGGAGCAGCCGAUGAGUAUGAAGCCUGGGUCAUAGCAGGUAACCAAGCAGCAGACCGACUCACAGAAGCAGCAGUGCAUCGUUUUCCAACAGUAUAUGAGCUGUGGCAGUCUUUGCAGCGUGAUGUAGCACAUAUCCACCUUUUUCGCAACCAUGUCCACCGCACCCUCAUCCAAGUUGGUAGGAAAGCUGUGAUGACCAACGCAAGCAAACCUACUGACAAGCAACACAAAGAACGCAUACCCAAAGAAGCUCUGGCUGAAACCGAUUUCAGCCCCUUGACGGUCGAAGACCUACCUUCUAAAUAUAACUUCGACCAAGCAGGUACACUCCUUGCAUGGCUUGGAAACCUUACAGAUCCUGCUGAACCUUUGCGCAGUGUGUCGUGGUUCCAGAUCAAUGCGCUCUAUGAGUACCAGACUGGAUGCAAAGGAGUACGACAUCAGACCAAGAAGAAAAAGUGGAUUGACGGAACUUCUAGCGAUGCCGCUUGCAAGUUGGAUGGCAAUGACCCCAACGUUUCCGCUCAGCCGAGACGCGGGGACUGGCCGAAAAGAGUGAAAAGAGUGAUGGUUGGUUGA